GUUGUCCGCCGCGAAGCCGCACGUCCGGUGCCCCGGGGGGGCUCGGCCUGUCGCUGAAGGGAUGCGGCCUCCGCCGUGACGGAGAUGGGGGAGUGACGGCAGCGCGGCGGUACCGGCUGUGGGGCGUCCCGUGACGCUGCCCAGGCCCUGCUUGAGUUUUCUCUUCCUCCAGCUCUUAAAGAGCCCCGAGACCUUGUGCCGGUGGCAUCACCCAGUAGGAAAGCCCCCGAGAACUUCAUGUGUGCGGCCUCAACCCGGCCUCUUUCCCCUCCGCACUUGGAGCUGAGGCGCUUUGGCAUGGCAGGGGACAGAGCCGUGUGCGGUGGUGACACUUAGCAUCAUGCUGGCUCUGGAUGCGGCACUCCUGUUCGCUUCCUGCGCCGAGUGCUCAGGAGUUUGUCAAGAAGCACUUUCUUUUGCUUCCGUGCUGCGGUGCGAGCUGUGCGCUGACAGGAGCGGCCUGGACCUGGCUUUCUGCGUUUAGCUUUGGCGUAAAUCCUGCCGGUGGGUCUGGUAUCCUGUGCUGCGUUUUGAAAGCAAAUUGCUAGAUCCUUUUUGAGCUGUGGUCUCGAGAAAUGGGUCCGCAUACCUUUGUGUUCUUACGUAUAGAAGACACCCCAGGUGGAGGAAUCCCUGGGGAGAGUUUUUGACAUCAAUGUUACAAGUGGAACUGAAACAGGCAUCGUUUAAAGUGCUUGGAGCAGGAGCCUCUGAAGGGAGAGGAUGGCUGUGAGCAUGGAUGAUGACGUUCCCCUUAUCCUCACCCUGGAUGACAGUGGAAGCAGCGCCUCAGCCCCCCUCGAUGAUGCGGACCGGGAGGAGCUGCCUAAUGAAAGAGCAUGCUCUGCUGCACUGAAUGGGAAUGUUGGAGUCCCGGCAGUAUCGUUCCGGAUGCCUUGUAUGGAGGUAGCUAUGAUGUUAUUAAUGACGCAUCCAGCCCUGCUGCGGGGGACUGCUGCGCGCAGCAAAGCUCUGCCCGACACAACUGGGAAAUGAACUACCAAGAGGCAGCAAUCUACCUCCAGGAAGGAGAAAAUAAUGACAAGUUCUUCACUCACCCCAAAAACGCCAAAGCACUUGCUGCCUACCUCUUUGCACACAAUCACCUUUUCUACCUAAUGGAGCUGAGCACUGCACUGCUGCUCCUGUUGCUGUCUCUCUGCGAAGCACCAGCUGUUCCCAUGCUCCGUCUUGGCAUCUUUGUCCAUGCAACCCUGGAGCUGUUUGCAUUAAUUGUGGUGGUCUUUGAACUCUCCAUGAAGAUGAGGUGGCUGGGCUUCCAAACCUUUAUCAGGCACAAAAGGACUAUGGUAAAGACUUGUGUGCUCUUUGUACAGUUCAUCGAGGCCAUCGUGGUGCUGGUGCGCCAAACCUCGCACGUGCGCAUCACCAGAGCUCUGCGCUGCAUCUUCCUGGUGGACUGCCGCUACUGUGGGGCUGUCAGAAGAAAUCUGCGACAGAUCUUCCAGUCCCUCCCACCAUUUAUUGACAUUCUUCUCCUCCUGCUUUUCUUCAUGGUGAUUUUUGCCAUCCUGGGUUUUUACUUGUUUUCCCCUAACCACUCGGAUCCGUACUUCAAUACCUUAGAGAACAGCCUCGUGAAUCUCUUCGUGCUUUUGACCACUUCGAAUUUCCCUGAUGUGAUGAUGCCAUCUUACGCCCGGAACCCCUGGUCCUGUGUCUUCUUCAUAGUGUAUCUCUCCAUUGAGCUCUACUUCAUCAUGAACUUGCUUCUGGCUGUUGUGUUUGACACCUUCAAUGACAUCGAGAAGAGGAAGUUCAAGUCCUUGCUGCUGCACAAGCGCACGGCCAUCCAGCACGCGUACCGCUUGCUGAUCACCAAGCAGAGGCCGUCUGGAAUUUCCUUCAAGCACUUCGAAGGGCUGUUGCGGUUUUACAAGCCUCGGAUGUGUGCCAGAGAGCGCUAUCUCACUUUCAAAGCACUGAAUCAAAGCAAUACUCCUUUAGUCAGUCUGAAGGAUUUUUACAAUUUCUAUGAAGUUGUUGGCUUAAAAUGGAAGGCAAAACGAAAUCGGGAGCACUGGUUUGAUGACCUUCCAAGGACAGCAUUCCUGAUUUUUAAAGGCAUCAACAUCCUUGUGAAGUCCCGCGUGUUCCAAUACACUAUGUAUACUGUGGUGGCUGUGAAUGGAAUUUGGAUUCUUGUUGAAACCUUCAUGCUGCAAGGAGGGAAUUUCUUCUCCAGAAACGUCCCAUGGAGCUACAUAGUCUUCCUCACAAUCUAUGGCGUGGAGCUGCUCCUGAAGACCACUGGGCUGGGGCCUGUCGAGUACCUGUCCUCAGGCUGGAAUCUCUUUGACUUCUCAGUCACCCUGUUUGCGUUUUUGGGGCUCAUGGCACUGGCGUUUAACAUGGAACCCUUCUACUUCAUUGUGGUCUUGCGACCCCUUCAGCUGCUGAGGCUAUUUAAAUUGAAGAAACGCUACAGAAACGUCCUGGACACUAUGUUUGAGCUGUUCCCCCGGAUGGCCAGCCUAGGUUUAACCCUGCUGAUCUUCUACUAUUGCUUUGCCAUUGUUGGCAUGGAGUUCUUUGCAGGCGUGGUCUACCCGAACUGCUGCAACACAAGCACAGUUGCAGAUGCCUACCGCUGGGUGAAUCAUACAGUUGGCAACAAGACAGUUGUGGAGGAAGGUUAUUACUAUCUCAACAACUUCGACAACAUUUUGAACAGCUUUGUGACGCUGUUUGAGCUGACGGUCGUCAAUGACUGGUACAUCAUCAUGGAAGGGGUGACAUCCCAAACCACUCACUGGAGCCGUCUUUACUUCAUGAUCUUCUAUAUUGUGACCAUGGUGGUGAUGACCAUCAUCGUGGCUUUUAUUCUGGAUGCUUUUGUCUUCCGCAUGAACUACACUCGGAAGAACCAGGAUUCAGAAGAAGACAACGGCAUUGUGCUGGAGAAGGAGAUCUUCAAGGAGGAAGUGGUUGGCAUCAUUGAGCUGUACAAGCGGAUUUCAGGUGCCAGUGAGACAGCUCAGCUGCAGAAGAUCGUUUUGCAGAUGGACAAAUAUGGGCAAAUGUCAACAGUGUUUCUGGGACGCAGAUCAAGAACCAAGAGUGAUUUGAGUAUGAAGAUGUAUGAGGAGGAGAUCCAGGAAUGGUAUGAGGAGCAUUCCAGAAAAGAGGAAACUCAGACACCGUUGCAAGAGCCUGCAUCUGCUUCCAACAGCUCUGUGAAGCCCUCGAGCCUCCGACAACGAUCCCAGACUGUCAUUUAGGCCUAGCUAAUGCAAGCCACCUUCUAUGCAAUAACCUAGAGUAUUACUUCACAGCGUAUAUAUCGGGAUGGUGUAUAUAGAUCUGUUCAGUGUUUGGCUUUAGGGUUUCAAGCUCUUCCCCUAGGCAGUGAAUUGCUGGAAACCAGAGGCCCAGGGGACUCUGUGUAAGGCUGCUACACACACACUGAGCAUGAUGGCCAUGCUCAGCACAGAGCAAACAGCUCGGACAGGACAGAGACCUUCUCCCCCUGAGCCACUGCCCAGGCUCCAGCCUGCUGUUUGUCUUACCACUAACAGACCUUGGGGAAAGGGUUGUGUAAUCCAUUAACAGCAGGAAAUGCGCCAGAGCUACCUGCUUAAUAUUAAAACUUUAGCCCUUUUUGAGAGCUCUUUUGCUUAAAGGGUACCAUUAACCUAGGAAUAAGAGAUCAGGGAAUGAGCUUUUCUUUCUUCUCCACCUUUCCUUAUGCAAAAAAAGGAGAGGUUGUGUGAAAUUUCAGCACUUUUGGAAGAGCAGUCUGCCUUCCCCCUCCUUUUUGACACAGUUAGAUGCACCCCCUGUAGUAGAUCCAGCUCUGAUGAUUGAAUUUGGCUGUCCCUGAGCAGUUCUGUGGCAGAGGGCCAGCAUCUUACUAUGUUAUGACCAUGGGUUGGACAGGAGUUUGGGGAGACAAAGUCUGUCUCUACUGCAGCUAUCCGGUAUCUGCAUUGCUGCUGGUCAGUUCAGAGGUACUGCCCAGGAUUGGGAUCACCCCUGGAAACCCCAGAGCUUCUCCCUCUUCAGAGGGGGGAUCCUGCAGGGUGAUGGUGGCUGUUGACCUCUGCCACUUAGUGGCAAGUCUCUGGCUGGUCCUUAGCUCACAUAGAUGACUCAGAGGAAGCAAUGGAAGAGUUUGCUCCUCCAAGUCUGACUUAUUUCAGCUUGGUUCUGGGUUAGGGAGAGCUUAUGAGCAUCAGCUAGCUGCCAGGUCACUGCUUUGUUCAUACAGUGCAGCAGUGCUGCUCCUCCCUUGCUCUCUCCUGUGCAGAGAUGUUCCUCAGCCUGGCAGAUGCUGACUGAGUCAGAACUUAGGAGGAUCCACUGAAGAGCUUUUCUGUUCCUCUGAAUGCUGGAUGCAGGAGGAACACGGGACACAGCGAUUCUUUCCUGUGGCUGGCAAGGAGGCUGCCAGACCUCGUUGCUGAGGGGUGGGAAGGAAGGGGGAGAGGGAUCCCUUCCCAUCCUGCCACGUUUCUUCUGUGAUCAUGGCAGGUUGCAUCACUGCGUGUGUUUCAUUGCCCACAGCGUGGUGAGAGCCUGUCUCUUGUAAGUCCCAUUUUCUUCUUCCUGACAGCACAGAAAGUGAGGCUGUCCUUGCCUCUUGCUGUUUGAUCUUUCUUCAGGCUCAAACUAAGAGUAGAGCUUGCAGGGGAGGCUUUCUCCUUCCUGCAGGCAGAUCAGGCAGUGGGAGAUCUGUGUGUCCCCAUUCCCCUUGUCCCACGUACCUGUGUUUUCCUUGGUAGCCUCACAACAUGGCCCAAGGACAGCGGGAGACGACUGAUCCUGCCCAGCAGCUCAGGAGCAUUCCCUGAGUGGAUGAGCCUUUCAAAAGUAGGGAAGAACAGAGCUGCUUCUGAAACCCUCUCCUUGCACAGAGCACAGAGGGGAGCAUCUGGGCUCUGGGAUGGAAAGAGCCACUUUCCAGGCAGUGGCUGCUCUCAACCCUUGCCAGAUUCCCUGCAUGCCUCCGGGCAACUCUUGUUUCCUUUCUGGGUCCUGCAGGUAUGAAACUGCUCCUGAGCUGAACCGAGAAGGAUCUUAAAGGGCUGUUUUCCAAACCAUAAACUCGACCACAAAUUAAUGAGCAGUGCAGUUGUUGCUCUGCAUGGAGCCACAGCCUGGGAGCCUUACCCAGGUUAGUCCUGGGGCUGGAUGGAGGAGGUGGUGUUUGUUAAGUUGUGGGCAGAAAGGAUGAGCACUGUGAAGGCGAGGGGGAAACAAAACGUGACUGUGUUUAAGCACUGCACUCCCCUGCAGCUUAUUUCUCCUCACAGGGCUGUCAGGGAUGGGGUUUGGGUGUAAAAGAAGCUGCAGCUUUAUUGAGGGGGCACUAACCUGCUUCCCAUGCAAUACCAGGGCUGUCACGGAGGUGGGAAUGCUUGGAUGGGGUUCAGGGCUCAGGCACUGCUUCCACAGCUCCUGAGGUGUUGAGCUGCCCCCAUGUACAGACUGUAUAUUUUUGUACACCAAGAAGGGUCACAGUUUACUUCUUCCAUAUGGUUUUGGAAGGAAACAAAGUUUGAGUACGGGGCAUCCCCUUCUAUUUCUCCUCCUCUCCCCACCUGACACACAGACUGACGACAGAGACAAUCAUGCUGUAGGGAGCAAGGGAGGAAGCACUGCAGGGUUUUGUAUGCUGGGGUUGUUUAGCACAUGAUUUUAUGGACACAGCUGUAAAAUGUUCUCUAGAUCGUUUGUUUUUUUUUCCAAGCACACUAAUAAAAAGCAUCCUGGGCUUUGUAAAGGCA